AUGGCGCCCGCAAAGAAGGGUGGCGAGAAGAGUCGUUCUGCUAUCAACGAAGUGGUGACCAGAGAGUACACCAUCAACAUUCACAAGCGCAUCCAUGGAGUAGGCUUCAAGAAGCGUGCCCCUAGAGCACUCAAGGAGAUUCGGAAAUUUGCCAUGAAGGAGAUGGGAACACCAGACGUGCGCAUUGACACCAGGCUCAACAAAGCUGUCUGGGCCAAAGGGGGCAUGGCCAGUCCCACUAUGGCCAAACCAGUGGCCAGUGGCACCCCCUUCCGUGCUGCCUCUGCUCUGCCUGAGGUCAGACGCCAGGAGUACCACCCCUGCUUCUGGAGGCACAUAAACUUGCCCUGA